AUGAAAAUCCUCAGCGCAGAGGAUAUCCGCCUCUGGGAUCAAUUUACCAUGCAACAUGAGCCCAUCACGUCUAUCGACCUGAUGGAGCGGGCAGCCCUACGAUGUGUUGACUGGCUCCACGAAAACAUGCCUGGUAAAGAUCAGUUUGCUAUUUUUUGCGGGAAAGGUAAUAACGGCGGCGAUGGCCUAGCGAUCGCACGCAUGCUGGCUUUGCAACAAUUUCAGGUAACAGUGUACAUACUUGAAUUUGGCCAUAUCGGUACACCUGAUUUCCAGGCCAACCUUGCGCGUUUGCAUCAAACUGAAAGUGUAGAGAUCAUCUUUAUCCAACCCGGCCAGGCAUUCCAUGAGAUAAAAGACGAGAUCGUCAUUGACGCGCUCUUUGGAUCGGGACUUAACCGCCAACUCGAAGGCAUGACUGCCGCGCUCGUUGAUCAUAUCAACAACAGUCAUUCGACAGUUAUCUCGAUUGAUAUACCCAGCGGAAUGUUUGUUGACAGGUCAUCAAAAACUAAUACCGUCAUCAGGGCUACGCAUACGUUGAGUUUUCAAUGCCUGAAGCCCGCGUUUUUGGUUGCUGAAAAUGAAGAAUGCAUCGGUGCGCUGCAUAUUCUCGACAUCGACCUGCACGAUGGAUUUUAUCCAACCGUUGCAGGGUUAUAUGAAUGGGUGGAUACAGCAGUGAUACAAACUAUUCACCGGCCGAGAAAACGAUUUGCUCAUAAAGGAAAUUUUGGUCAUGCACUCCUGGUAGCCGGUAGUUAUGGUAAGAUGGGCGCUGCCGUGUUAUCCGCCAGUGCCUGUUUGAGAAGCGGUGCUGGUUUGCUGACCUGUCAUAUUCCAUCUUGCGGCUAUCUUAUCCUGCAGACGUCUUUGCCUGAAGCCAUGGUGAUAACAGAUAAGAAUGAAGAAAAGAUCACGAACGUUUCCGCGGAUCUUUCCAUUUAUGAAGCCAUUGGCAUCGGCCCGGGCAUUGGAACAGCCAGCGAAACAAAAAUGGCGCUGCGCGAAAUAUUGGACAACUAUCGCCUUCCGUUGGUGAUCGAUGCUGACGCCCUUAAUAUAUUAGCGACGCAAAAAGACCUCUUACAACUGGUACCCGCAGGUUCCAUAUUGACUCCUCACCCGAAGGAGUUUGAAAGAUUGUUUGGUCCAACUUCUGACGACUUCGAUCGUAUCAGUCGUGCGCUUCAAAAAGCAAAAGAGCAUAACAUUAUUAUUAUUCUAAAAGGACAUCACACACUAAUUGCUACGCCUGAUGGCAAAGGCUUUUUCAAUUCAACCGGUAAUGCAGGUAUGGCAACGGGCGGAAGUGGAGAUGUAUUGACAGGUAUACUUACCGGCCUGCUGGCUCAACGAUACAGUGGAAUAGAAGCGGCGAUUCUUGGAGUUUACCUGCAUGGGCUCGCAGGUGAUGUUGCCGCAAAGCAGUUGAGUAUGGAAGCGAUGUUAGCUU